AAAUUCUGAGCCGGGUCAGGGACGUGAAGGCAUCAGCAGCAGCUCACACAGUGGAGCCGGGCUCAUCAUACAGGUGGGACGAUGGCAGGCCUGUGGAGAGCCUACCAAGCACUGAUGACCAAAUACCCCUGGACAGUGCAGAUAGUGACUGCUGGGUCUUUAGUGGGUGUCGGUGAUGUCAUCUCCCAACAGCUGAUUGAGAGAAGAGGAUUGGCUCAUCACAACGUGCGGCGGACGGCCAAGAUGAUGAGUAUUGGUUUCUUCUUCGUGGGUCCAGUAAUCGGCACCUGGUACAAAGUCUUGGACAGGCUGGUGGUUGGAGGAACUAAAAGUGCUGCCAUGAAGAAAAUGCUGGUUGAUCAGUUGUGCUUUGCUCCGGGUUUCCUGGGAGCUUUUCUCUCUAUCUCCGGAGCGCUGAACGGACUGACGGUGGAGGAGAACAUCGGCAAGCUCAAGAGGGACUACACGGAUGCCCUGAUCUCAAAUUACUAUCUCUGGCCGCCAGUCCAGAUCGCCAAUUUCUACUUCAUUCCUCUCCACCACAGGUUGGCUGUCGUCCAGGUUGUCGCUGUUGGCUGGAACUCCUACCUGACCUGGAAGGCCAAUAAGAUGUGACCGAUGAUCACAAGUCCGGCCCGUGUUGAUGAUGAUGAUGAUGAUUUUACACUCAUUUGUUGUAUGUGUGUGUGUGUGUGUGUGUGUGUGUGUGACAUGGGCAGUUCUGGUCUAACUUACUUUAUGCUACUUAGUCUUCUGAUAUUUCCAAUGUGUAAAACUGUGACUGACUCACUCAUAAAGGUCGGGAGAAAGUGCUUGUCUACUCUGAAUGACAAAUUCACACUUGAAAGUCAAACUUGCGUUUGCAGAAAUGUCUGUGAAAGUUUAGUUAUUUAUGGAAAUAGGAUUUGGCAGGGGUGCCGCAGUGUAGCCACACAUACGCACAAACACUCAUACAUUAACACCUACUGGUUGCAAAAGGAAACUUUUCUAAUUAUUUAAUGUAUUGUUAAUCACUUUAAAUAAUUGUGUUGAAGGAUACAUUUUUAUAGGUUAAUGGUAGCAUGUUUACUCUUAUUAUGAAGGAAAUUUCCACCUCAGGUUCUCAGUAAUAAUUCAUUGUAAUUUACAUAUUUGGUUUAUUCACUUCACCUCAUAUCUGUACUUCCGCUCCAGCAACUGUUUGCCUACAUUUCCCAAAAUGCCUUUCUAACAAUCCUCUUGAAAAAGGGCAAGCAAAUGUUUUUUUUAGAUUUAUGAUGAAUAGAUAAAUGUACAUAAAGUGAGUGAUAUGAAAGCAAACACUCUUUACAGAAGUAAUACCAAGUCUCUUUCAGCUGCAGGAUGCAAUGCAUUGUGGUCUAUUGAGGCUUCUGUGGGUGAAGUAACUAGCAUCAUUUGUCUGUCUGUCUAUCAUGGCUCUGGAAAGAUGUGCUUGUUGACGUAAUGUUUGAAUAGUUUGACUUUUUUGGGGGAAAUAUGUUUAUUUGUUAGUUAGAUGAAGCCACUCUCGUGUGUGUACAGUGAAUAUAAGGCUACAGUCAGCAGCGGGUUAGCUUAGCAUAAAGACUGGAAAGGGAAGAAACAAUUAGCUCUUGCUCUGUCUGACGCAAAUGUCAUUUAUUUCUCAUAACUUAUUUCAAACUGUAAUAUUAUUACUGAAAUGUAUUAUUAAUUAGUUACACUACUAGUUACUGGGGAAAGUAAUAUUAUUAGUAGUAUUGAAUUAUUGGCCAACACUCAUCUAAAAUCCACAUAUUAACAUCUUGUUUGUUUAAUCAUUCAAAAAACCAAAGUGUGUGUGUGUGUGUGUGUGUGUGUGUGCGUGUGUGUGUGUGUGUGCUUUUCACCUGGCCAAGAAAUAGUCCGUAACCUCUGUAAAGCUGCACUGUGUCAUUCACACACUUUGGACGGAUUAAACCAAAUAUAAAGUGUUAAUUGGUGAGCUUCAGAGGUGCUGUUAGGUGGAUUUUGUUACCUUUGGACAGACCUGUUCCACUCUUUGUGCUAAGCUAGAUAAUUUGCUGCUUACUAAUAAUAACUUGCUAUUUACCGUCUGGACUUGAGUGCUUUCAUAUAACUCUCAAUAACAAAUCAAACUAUUCCUUCAAACAGUCAGAAUUGUUGAAUUAUCAAGUCCAACUGCAUUGUACAGUAAUUAGUCCAUUGGUGCGUCGACAAUCUCCGUUUGGGUUUUUCCUUUUAUUCUUCAAUGUACAUUAUAAUCUUUAUACUCAGAAUGUGCACAUUUGUAAUAACAAAAGCCGUCUCUGGCAUAUGAGACAAUAAAGUUUUACCCGAGGUGAUGUCA